AUGGCGCCUGGCGGUGGACGCGAUUUUAAUUGCACUUGGGAGCAUUGCAACAAGUCCUUCAACCGCAAAUCAGACCUGUGCAGGCACUACCGGAUACACACCAAUGAGCGACCGUAUCAUUGCACCGUCAAGGAUUGCAAUAAAAGCUUCAUCCAGCGGAGUGCAUUGACCGUGCAUUCGCGGACACACACGGGAGAGAAGCCUCAUGUCUGUGACCACCGAGGCUGCCACAAGGCCUUUUCCGAUUCGUCGAGUCUCGCCCGUCAUCGGAGGAUCCACACGGGCAAGCGGCCCUAUAUCUGUCACGAGCCAGCGUGUGAACGAGCCUUUUGCCGCAAAACCACGUUGACCAAACACCAACACCGCUCCCACCCCCCGGGAUCCAUGACUCGACUGCCCUCGGAAGAUGCGGUUUCGGAACACUCGUAUCAAGGGCAAGUCGCCGUUCCCGUUCCGAAUGAACAGUACCUUCUUGCCCAGCAGCCCUACUAUCCACAUACCCCGACACCAACUCAUGAGUUUUAUCCUCACCAGAGCCUGCACAUAACGCAAGUGCCUAUGCAAGACCCGCCUCCGAUUGUAACCCAACACAUCCCGGUCACAUCCCCGGUCGACGUACAGCGUGCUCAGCAACACUACCUGCAGCUGGUGCAGCAGCAGCGGUAUGAUCCCGGCCGGCAGGGAUACUUACCGCCGGAGUUUCCGCAGCCCUAUCACAACCUUCCGACGGCGGAGGGGGGCCCGAUUCUUGUCACUCACCCUCAGAGUGACUACAAGCCACCGGCGCGAAUCCUGAACCAGCCCGAGGGAACGGACUGGGGGUUCCUCGGGGUGGGCUAA